GCUGGAAAAGCCGGCGGUGGAGUCGGACGUGCGCCGGGCCGCGGGAACCGCGUUUGCAGCCUCCGGCUCGGCACUGGAGGCGCCCCCGCACUCCUCCGCCCCGGUAUCGGUGCCCGCGGUGGUGAGGUGCUCUGUUUCUCUGGCAAGGACUGAUCACAUCCGAGCAAAAGGACACUGCUGGACAGACUGCUUGGUGCAGCGCCUUGAGACGCCCGCCUCUCCAUUGGUAUCUUCUCUGGCUGAAACUAUGGUGAAAAAUGUUUCGGAAAGGCAAGAAGCGACACAGCAGUAGCAGUUCCCAGAGCAGUGAGAUCAGCACAAAGAGCAAGUCUGUGGAUUCUAGCCUUGGGGGUCUUUCCAGGUCCAGCACUGUCGCCAGUCUUGAUACAGACUCCACCAAAAGCUCAGGACAAAGCAACAAUAAUUUAGAUACCUGUGCAGAGUUCCGAAUAAAGUAUGUUGGUGCCAUUGAGAAACUGAAACUGUCUGAGGGAAAAAGUCUUGAAGGACCACUAGACCUGAUAAAUUAUAUAGAUGUUGCCCAGCAAGAUGGGAAGUUGCCUUUUGUUCCCCUGGAGGAAGAAUUUAUUAUGGGAGUUUCCAAGUAUGGCAUAAAAGUCUCCACAUCAGCUCAGUAUGACGUUUUGCACAGGCAUGCCCUGUAUUUAAUCAUCCGCAUGGUGUGUUAUGACGACGGCCUGGGCGCUGGUAAAAGCUUGCUGGCUCUGAAGACCACAGAUGCGAGCAACGAAGAGUUCAGCCUGUGGGUUUACCAGUGUAACAGCCUGGAACAAGCCCAAGCAAUCUGCAAAGUCUUAUCCACGGCGUUUGACUCCGUACUGACCUCUGAGAAGUCCUAACUCUGCAGUCAAGUGUGAGCCAGCCGCACAUCUGGGUCCAGCUGUUUUCGUCGUCAUUCUGCUUGCAGUCCAGGGCUUUGAGCUGUUUUGGAAAUAAGUAAUUUCCUGAUCCAGUAUUCUGAAGAAAGUGCAAUGUAUAAAAUAGUGAUCUUUUUACUAUUAAAAUGUGUCAUAUUAACAAGUAA